UACAUCUUUUCUUUCAACAAAACAUCAUUUCUUUUGUUUAACCUAGUCCUAGCUAUGGGUUACUCCCUUGGUCUUUUCUGGUCGCAUCUUCAAUCUUUUUUGUCUUCUUUGCUAAUUAUCAUCCUUUGUAGCUUAACCUUUUUUAAGGGCUUGAGAUCUCACUUAAAUGAGAGGCCCAAACUACCCCCAGGUCCAAAACCAUGGCCAAUAGUUGGUAACCUUCCUGAAAUGCUUGCAAAUAAACCUGUGUUUAGGUGGAUACACAAUCUUAUGAAAGAAAUGGACACUGAAAUUGCAUGUAUCCGCCUAGGGAAUGUCCACGUAAUCCCAGUAACAUGCCCCACCAUUGCAUGUGAAUUUUUGAGGAAGCAUGAUGCUAAUUUUGCAUCAAGACCACUAAGCAUGUCCACUGAUAUAAUCUCUAGUGGCUAUAUGACAACAGCUCUUGUACCCUUUGGGGAUCAAUGGAGGAAAAUGAAGAAAAUGUCUGUCAACAAUUUGCUCUCUCCCCUAAGGCAUCGAUGGUUGCAAGAAAAAAGAGAUGAAGAAGCUGAUAACCUUAUGUUUUAUGUAUACAAGUACAAAAAUGUGAAUGGUUGUGGCCUUGUGAAUGUGAGAAAUGUUGCACAACAUUAUUGUGCUAAUGUGAUUCGGAAAUUGAUUUUGAAUACAAGGUACUUUGGAAAGGGUAGGGAAGAUGGAGGGCCAGGUUUUGAGGAAGUUGAGCACGUAGAUGCCAUUUUCACGAUGCUUAAGCAUAUAUAUGCCUUUUAUGUUUCUGAUUAUGUGCCGUGCUUGAGGAUGCUUGAUUUGGAUGGCCAUAAAGGAAAGGUAAAGAAUGCUACGAGGGUCAUGAAGAAGUAUCAUGAUCCAAUCAUUGAAGAGAGAAUCAAGAAAUGGAACGAUGGAUCAAAGAGCGUGGAAGAGGACUUGCUAGAUGUUAUGAUCUCACUGAAGGAUGUCAAUAAUAAUCCAUUGUUGACAUCGAAGGAAAUCAAGGCGCAAAUUAUAGAAUUCAUGAUUGCAUCAGUGGACAAUCCAUCAAAUGCAUUUGAAUGGGCACUAGCUGAAAUGAUAAAUCAGCCUGAAUUGCUUCAACGAGCCACAGAAGAAUUGGACAAGGUGGUAGGGAAGAACAGGCUGGUCCAAGAAUCUGAUAUUCCAAAUCUCAACUUUGUGAAAGCUUGUGCAAGAGAAGCUUUUCGCCUUCAUCCCAUUGUAGCUUUUAACGUUCCUCAUGUCUGCAUGAAGGAUACAAUAGUAGCCAAUUACCUAAUCCCAAAGGGUAGUCAUGUACUGCUAAGUAGAAGUGGUACUGGGAGAAACCCAAAAGUGUGGAAUGAACCUCUCAAGUUCAAACCUGAACGACACCUCAAUAGUGAUGGGUCCAAUGUCCUUUUGACAGAGCCAAACUUAAGGCUCUUUACAUUUAGCACCGGAAGACGUAGUUGUCCUGGACUGAUGCUUGGCACCACAAUGACUGUGAUGCUAUUUGCUAGGUUGCUUCAUGGCUUCACUUGGAGUGCACCUUCCAAUGUUUCAGCCAUCAAUCUUGCUGAGUCUAAAGGAGAUAUAUUUCUUGCAGAGCCACUUGUGGCAGUAGCAAAACCAAGAUUAGCUGCAGAACUAUACCCAUCUUUAAAUUAAGUGAAUAUAUAUAG